AUGAAGCUAAUAGUUUUAACUAGGAUGGUGGCUGGCAUAACAGCAAACACGGAGCAAAAUAUUGCUCCGCUAGUGCCUCUAUCGGGCCCAUCGCCCUUGCAACUAUCAAAUGAACCUCACAUGUCAAUUGUUGCAUCCGAAAAUGCAGGGUAAGUACUUCCAUACCUUUUUUCAACCCUCUGUUUUUUUUUUGUCUGUUUUGUCAAAGCAGCAAAACUUGUUGUUGAAUACUUUUUUUUGCAGAAAUGGCGAAAAUAAAUAAAAUAAAUUUUUUUUUAUAUUCAAUUGAAAAGCGCAAGAAAGGAAAAAAGUAAUGUGUAAAGAAGAAGAAAAGUUUUCAGUUCGGGCGCAAUAUCGACUUGGGUUCGUUCUUCUCUACUCUUUAUUUUUUUUUCUGCACAAGUAAUACAGAAAGCGACCUAC